AAUAAAGAUAAAUAUCAAAUUAUUUAAAUUGCAGUUUUCAUAUUCUAUUUUGCGGUUACAGCCUGCAAAUUUCGAGAUCGUAGAUACUAGAUACUAAAAUUUCCGUUGACUGAUUCAUACAAUUCCGAAUUUUUAAAUUUCUAUAGAUUUUCAAUCAAAAUGUAUUCCAAUCAUUCGUCUGAUCCCAGAAGACCGGACAAAGAGCACAGGUACAAACCAAAAGCUGUCAACAGUGAUAAUCAAGCUCUAACACCUGGUGAAGACUUGACAUCUGACUAUAUGAAUAUUCUGGGAAUGAUUUUGAGUAUGUGUGGAUUAUUGAUGAAGUUUAAAUGGGCGGCAUGGUGUGCUAUGUUUUGUUCAUGUAUAAGCUUUGCAAAUUCUAAAGCAUCUGAUGACAACAAACAAAUCUUUAGCAGUUUCAUGCUUUCCAUGUCAGCAAUUGUGAUGUCCUAUUUACAAAAUGCACAACCAAUGACACCACCAUGGUCUACAGCAUUUGGAUAAGAAUUUUACAAAUAAAAAUAAAAUUAAAAUAUUUUCUUUAUUAUAGAUUAAUUAUAUAAUACAUUCAUUGUUUUGUCAAAACUAUAAAAAUAAAAACAUUGCCCGUUAAAAUUAUUUAAAUAAAACUAUAUGGAAAAUA